CGAUCAACGACAAAAUCCAUCAAACAAGCAUUUCUCCAGUCGCGUUAUAUGUCAGAUUUCAGAUUCAUCGGUCUGGUCUUCUUCUCACUUCAAUUCCGACCGUUCAACCCGUCGAUCUCUCUCUCUAAAUAGGGGUGAUGUUGCAGUGACUUACAUAAAUACAUGUAUAUGCAUAUAUAUGCCCCAUUGGGAUCGGGUGGCAAUUCAUCCAAUGCUCGGAAAUUGAAGUAGUGCUCUUCUAGAUCUGAAUUGUUCGAUCGGUUGGGGUUUCGAGAUGUCCGCCGGCGGUGAACAGUCGUCUUCCGACCGUCGGAGUACCAGGGUGGUCGUCCAAGACGCCGCCUCCGGUGCUGCUGCAGGUGCCAUAGCUGCCACUUUCGUGUGCCCGUUGGAUGUGAUUAAGACUAGAUUGCAGGUCUAUGGCCUCCCUGAAGCUUCUCACUCUGGUAAAAAAGGUAGUGUCAUUAUUACAAGCCUACAGAAUAUAAUAAGAACUGAGGGUUUCAGGGGAUUGUAUCGUGGCCUUACACCAACAUUGACAGCAUUACUUCCAAACUGGGCGGUGUACUUCACAGUCUAUGGACAUCUUAAAGACCUGCUCCAUUCACGUGUUGAUCAUAAUGGUCAACUUUCAUUUGGUGCGAAUAUGAUAGCUGCUUCAGGCGCUGGGGCAGCCACAGCUAUUGCAACAAAUCCACUGUGGGUUGUUAAGACCAGACUCCAAACACAGGGAAUGAGACAAGGCGUGGUUCCCUACACAGGUAUAUUUUCUGCAUUGAGGAGGAUUGUACAUGAGGAAGGGAUCCGGGGGUUGUAUAGUGGCCUUUUGCCUUCAUUAGCCGGAAUAAGUCAUGUUGCAAUUCAGUUUCCAGCAUAUGAAAAGAUCAAGUCCUACUUAGCUAGAAGGGAUAAUGCAAGUAGAGACGAGCUAAGUCCUUGGAAAGUUGCGGUUGCUUCUUCAGCAUCUAAAAUAGUUGCCUCCGUAAUGACUUACCCACACGAGGUUGUACGUUCCAGAUUGCAAGAGCAGGGACUGGCGAGAAAUUCGGAGGUGCAAUAUGCGGGUGUCGUUGAUUGCGUUAAAAAGGUGUUUCAGAAGGAAGGUAUUCCCGGUUUCUACCGUGGCUGUGGAACCAAUCUGUUGAGAACAACUCCAUCUGCCGUCAUAACAUUUACCAGCUACGAGAUGAUACAUAGGUUUUUGCGGAAGAUUAUGCCUCCGGAUGAGAAGCAUUCAGAAGCCAACCCGAGAUCUGAUGGCCACGACACUACCCCUCUGGAGGAAAAUGACAGGAUUGGGAGUAAGGAUGAUACAGUUGUACAGACACCAAAAACCCGUCUUGUAAGGGAACCAUUGUAGUUUCUUCUGAAAGUAUUGAGAGAGCCAAGUGCAGACCGGCGUGACAGUAGUUUCUUCUUCUUCUAAUGGCGGAUCGAGGAGGAGAAUUUUCCUAAAAGUGGGAACUCCUCAAGAUGGCGGUGAAUAAUAAUGGAUGCAAUUAUUUUAGCUAAUGGCUUUAGAUGUUGUCUUCUUUCGCAUUAUGUUCUAACCUUUCCUUGUUCUUCAUUCUUCUUCUCAUCUUUUUUUGUGGGUCUUUUCCUCACUUUGGGUGUAAGGAAAGCUAAAUCAAGGAGUUUGAAUUCAGGCCAAUGAAGGCUUUUUAAUUUAUUUGUGUUUUAAACCAAGCUCUCUCCAUUUCAUUGAAUUCUUGUAUUUGAGUAGUCUCAUUUCAGGCCCACGAUACAAUCUUCUUGUAUGUCGAUGUAGCAAAUCAAAAUAUAAUAUAUUAUUUUUUAUCUCGCA